UUUCGUUUCGCAUAGCGAGAGAGAGAGAGAGGGAGAAAAAAGGAAGAAAAAACAGAUAACAGAGAGACAGAGAGAGAGGGAGAGAGGUUCGUCUUCAAAAACCUUCCCACGGACGUAUCCCGAUCCGUACAUACGAUCGUAUACGACCGUAUACCAUCUCAUCCAGACCUUGUACAUCUCCAUAUCCGAUCUGGUACUUCAGCUCCUAGGUUCUCUCGGGAAUUAGGGUUUUGGAUUUCGGCGUGCUUUGGAUUGGUCCAGUUUGAUAGAAGCAUGAGCAUCCACAGCCCUGGUAGAGGUGGAUUUCGUUAGGGUUUUGGUUUUCUUGAGAAGAUAGGUUCUUUGGAAUUUCCAUGGGCGAUGGUGGGGUCGCCUGCGUGCCUUCACAGCAUGUCGUUGAGCGGUUUCCGGAGGCGUUCUGUGCUGGCAGCGGAAGCAAUGGAAAUGGUUUUAGCUCGAAGACGGUGCAGCUUGCAGAUUCCAAUUGUUCAUCUUCACAACAGCAGCAGCAGCAGAGGAAGAGUGAGAAGAACAUGGAAGUAGAGAAAGAAGAAUUCGGUUUGGAGAAGGGGCAGAACGGAGAUUUCAAGAAGGUUGAUUCGGGAGAAGGGGAGAAAUUGCAGAAAGGGGAAUUGGAGAAGGAGGGAGCCGGGUUGGAGAAGCGGCGGAAGGGGGAAUUCAAGAAAGGAGAUUUGGUUUCUGAGAAAGGGCGGAAAGGGAAAGGUGAGAAAUUGCGGAAAGGGGAAGUAGAGAAGGGGGAGACUGUUCUGGAGAAUUCACGGAAAGGGGAGAUAGAGAAAGGAGAAUUUGUCCCGGAGAGAUGGCAGAAAGUGGGGGAAGUGGAGAGAGAAGAAUACAGUUGGGAAAAGGUGCGGAGAGGAGAAUUUAAGAAGGGUGAUUCAUGUUUGGAGAAAUUGCGAAAAGGGGAAGUGGAGAAGGGGGAGGUUUUUCCUGGGAAAUGGAGGAAAUUGGAGGUGGAGAAGGGGGAGAUAAUAUCGGAUGAAUGGCAGAAAGGGGAGAUAGAGAAAGGGGAGUUUGUUCCAGAGAAAUGGCGGAAGGAGGAGUUGGAGAAGGGGGAGUUUGUUCCAGACAAAUGGCGGAAGGGGGAAGUGGAGAAGGGUGAGAUUGUUUCAGAGAGACGACGGAAGGGGGAGGUGACGAAGGAAGAGUUUGGUUCUGGGAGAGGGCGAAGAUGGGAAGUAGAGAAGGGGGAGUUUGUUCCAGAGAAGGGGCGGAAUCGUGACAGGGAGACACCUCCAUCUGUGAAAUUCACAGAUGAGGAUUUUUCUCAGAGGAAUGAAUCUAGUAGAAGUGGCAGUGAGCGGAGGAAGAGAUCUUCAAGGUGGGAAACCACCCAUGAGAGGGACUCAAAGGGCAGUUCAAGGAUGACAGAUGACGAAUCAGGACUUUAUAAGAGUGAGUACGGUGAUGAGAAGAAUCGCGGUAAGGAUUACACAUCGGGAACUUGGCUGAAACGGCAUGGCAUGGAAUCAGAGAGCAGCAGCCGCAGAUAUCCUGCUGAUUGCACUGACUAUUUGGGGUCAAAGAGUAGGAGGAUAUCCGAUGACACCAAUCAUUCUAGCUACUCAGAUAAGUUGCAUUUGCGCAGUUCAGUGGAAAGCUCCUAUAGAAAUUCUUCUCUGUCAUCAAGGGUCUCUUCCUCGAGCAGGUACACUUCUAGGCAUUAUGAUUCGUCGUCAUCUUCUAGAGGAGGUCAUGAUCGGCAUGGACGGAGCCCGGGCUAUUCAGAGCGGUCCCCACACAACCGGGCCAGGUACUAUGAUCAUAGGGAUCGAAGUCCAGCUCACCCAAGUGAUCGGCAUGGACGAAGCCCAGGUUACUCAGAGCGUUCUCCAUCCAACCGGGCCCGACACUAUGAUCAUAGGGAUCGAAGCCCGGUUCACGUGGGUUAUUCGGAGCGGUCUCCACACAUAAGGUCCCGGCACCACGAUCACAAGGAUCGCAGCCCAGUUCAUUCAGAGCGAUCUCCACGUGACCGGCCCCGGCACCGUGAUCACAGGGAUCGAACUCCUCUGUACUUGGAGCGCUCCCCGCAUGAUCGUGGGCGGUCCAGUGAUACUCGGGAAACAAACCGGAAGACUGGAGGAAAUGAGAAGCACAACAGUCGGUAUGGAACCCAAGGGCAAGAAGAUAGGCUCGGGCGGAGGGAUUCAAGUGGCAGAGAUUCUCACAGACAUUCCACGAGUAAACAGUUGAAUAAUAGUACUAGUCUGGCUAACAGCAGCAGUUGUCAGGACAAAAGUGUUGAUGAUCAGUCUCACAAGGAAAAAGAGUCUCAGAAUCAGACUGUAGUUUGCAAUGAGGUUCCUUCUCAGGUUAGCGAAGCUCCUGAAGAGUUCCAAUCGAUGGAAGAGGAUAUGGAUAUAUGUGACACACCGCCGCAUGUCCCAGCUGUGGCUGAUUCAACCUUGGGAAAAUGGUUUUAUCUUGAUCAUUUUGGCAUAGAACAAGGACCAUCAAAACUGCGUGACCUUAGGAGGCUUGUGGAAGAAGGUCUUCUUCAGUCGGAUCAUUUAAUAAAGCAUUCUGAGAGUGACCGGUGGGUAACUGUUGAAAAUGCUGCUUCUCCUUUGGUGCCUGUUAACUUACCAUCAAUUGUUUCAGAUUCUGAGACUCAGCUGGUAAAUCCUCCUGAGGCUCCUGGGAAUUUAUUGGUGGAUACUGGAGAUAUCGGACAAACAGCUAAUCAGCCUAGCCAGGAGUCAUCUAUUUUGUCCUUGCAGCCAUUAGGGCACCUGGAUGAAAGUUUGGUUGCUUCAGAGUCUUUGGAAGAUCUCCACAUUGAUGAGAGGGUGGGAGCUUUAUUAACGGGUUAUACUGUUAUUCCUGGAAGGGAACUUGAGACACUUGGAGAAGCUUUGCAAACGAUGUUUGAGCAUGCAGAAUGGGAGAAAUGGGGCAGCUCAGAAGGCUUCUCAAGAUCUCGACCUCGCUCCGGUGAGUCGUUUGGACAUCCCAGAGAUGAGGAAUUUGGCAGAGGCAUUGAAAGCAUGCACAAAGAAACUGUUGAGACAAGAUUUGUUGCGCCACCUGAGAAGGAGUACCCCUUUCUCAACACUGACUCUAGCGAUUGGUCUUCCAGCCUGUGGUCCUGCAAGGGUGGCGACUGGAAGAGGAGCGAUGAAGCAACUCAAGACAGAUCUUUUAGAAGAAAACUUGUACUCAAUGAAGGAUACCCACUUUGUCAGAUGCCAAAGUCUGGACAUGAGGACCCACGCUGGCAUAGAAAAGAUGAACUAUACCAUCCUUCACGCAGUAGAAGGCUUGAUCUACCACCUUGGGCUUUUACUCUGAGUGAAGAAAAGAAUGAUAUAAAUGGGGACCCAAACAAAAACAUUGUUGCCAACAGAUCAAGUCAACUUAAGCCACCAUUGCCAUUGGCAAGAGGACUGAAAGGAAUUAUGCUUCCAGUGAUCAGGAUUAAUGCAUGUGUGGUCAAGGACCAUGGUUCUUUUGUCUCUGACACACGUUCAAAAGUUAGAGGUAGUGAGCGGCAUACCUCGAGGCCUGUCCGGCCUGUCUCUGCAAGUAGUGAUAGUAAGGGUUCUUUCAUGGAUGGGGUUGCCCGAUCCAAGGCUUAUGAACGCGAUUUACAAUUACAAGCCUUGCUCAAGCACACUGGUGCGAAUGCUCCAAAAGACCGUGUUUGCACAGCAGAUGAAUUACAAUUGCAUUUGGGUGAUUGGUACUAUCUAGACGGUGCUGGCCAUGAACACGGCCCCUCAUCAUUCUCAGAGCUGCAGUCUUUAGUCACUCAAGGUAUCAUUCAGAAGCAUACCAGUGUCUUCAGGAAAUUUGAUAAAGUUUGGGUUCCAAUUACUACCGCUGUAAAUGGUUCUGAAUCUAUACUUAACCAAGAAGGCAAAGUGGUGCCAACAGCCGAUUCUUCUGCUGCCUCUUCUCUCCCACAGCCACAGGUUGACCAUGGUUUGGUGGAGGCUUCAAGUUCAUUUCACAACUUGCAUCCCCAAUUCAUUGGCUAUAUGCGUGGCAAGCUGCAUGAACUAGUCAUGAAAUCUUACAGGAGUCGAGAGUUUUCCGUAGCUAUCAAUGAGGUCUUGGAUCCGUGGAUGAGUGCAAAGCAGCCAAAGAAGGAAACAGACAAGCAUUUCCCAUUCAAUUCAGCGAUCACAAAAAGUUCAAGUGGUCUUGAUCAUGAUUUGUUGGUGCACAGGUUUCGGAAAUCAGAGGAUGAUUUAUCUGGGAUUUAUAAAGAUCACACGCGUUCUGGGAAAAGAGCUCGGUUGCUGGCUGAUGAAAGUGAAGAUGAUGAUGAAAUGGAAGAGGAUUUACUGACAGGUCAAAAUGACAGUUCCUUUGAGGAUUUAUGCAGUGAAAUUUCUUUUGGUCAAGAAAUUACUCCAACUCCUCAAACUGAGACGGAAAGCUGGGGACUGCUGAAUGGUCGUAUAUUGGCUCGGGUUUUCCAUUAUUUGAGAAUGGACUUGAAAUCCCUUGCAACUUCUGCUGCUACUUGCAAGUGCUGGAACACAGCAGUCAAGUUUUACAGGGAUAUCUCCCAACAUGUAGACUUGUCAUCUGUUGGCCCCAACUGCACCGACUCCAUGUUCCAGAACAUAAUGAGUGGUUAUGACAAAUUGAAGAUAACAUCCAUUGUGUUAAUGGGCUGUACUAAUGUCAGCGCUGGGGCACUUGAAGAAGUUCUCCUAUCAUUCCCUUCCAUAUGUUCUGUAGAUGUCAGAGGUUGCAGCCAAUUUAGAGAGUUGAGGCAUUCUUUUAAGAAUGUGAAGUGGAUAAGUAGCCAUGGUUCACGCUACUCCAAGAUGUCUGAAGAAUCAUAUUCCAAGAUGAGGAGUCUUAAACAGAUAACCGAGAAAAGCUACUCGAAUUACAAAGCUUUCAGAGGCUCGAGUAGUCAUUUGGAUGAUUCUAGUGAGGUGAUGGAUUCAUUUGAUUAUUAUUCCAGUUUGGAUAGGAGGGAUUCAGCAAACCAUGCAUUCCGGCAGAGUUGUUACAAACGAACAAAACUGCUUAAUGCAAGAAAGACUUCAUCUGUUUUGUCAAGGGACGCCCACAUGAGACGGUGGCUACGUAGGAAGUCCGAGAAUGGAUAUAAGAUGAUGGAAGAAUUUCUUGCCCUUAGUCUGAAGGACAUCAUGAAGGAGAAUACCUGCCAAUUCUUUAUUCCAAAGGUUGCAGAAAUUGAAGAGAGGAUGAGGAAUGGUUAUUACAUUGGUCAUGGCUUGAGCUCUGUCAAGGAGGAUAUCAGUCGAAUGUGCCGGGAUGCAAUAAAAGCUAAAACUCGGGGAGGUUCUGGGGAUAUGAAUCGUAUUAUCAUGUUAUUCAUCCAGCUGGCAACGAGUUUAGAGGAGAAUUCUAUUAAGUCAUGUCGUGAGAGAGAUGAAAUGAUAAAGAUGUUAAAAGAUAGUUCAGUUGCAGGUUCAACACCUUCCAAGUAUAAAAAGAAACACAAUAAAAUUAUAAAUGAUAGGAGAGGCAUGCUUAGGAGCAAUGGCACAUCCUAUGUAAAUGGUGGGUUUGAUUAUGGAGAUUAUGAUGCUUCCGAUCGGGAAAUUAGAAGGCGCUUGUCCAAAUUGAAUAAAAGGGCUUUGGAUUCGGAAAGUGAAACUUCAGAUGACCCUGAUCUUUCUGAAGAAGAUGGUCGGGUUGAGGCUGAGAAUAGCGAUUCAGAGACGGAAACUGAUCCGGACAUCCAUUCAGAAGCCGGAGCUGGAGAUUUAAGAGGAGAUGGACUUCCUUUUGUUGCAGAUGAGGCCUUGGACUCAGAAGAGCGUGAAUGGGGUGCUCGCAUGACAAAAGCAAGCCUUGUUCCUCCAGUUACUCGUAAGUAUGAAGUUAUCGACCGCUAUCUUAUUAUAGCAGAUGAGGAGGAAGUACAGCGAAAGAUGCGGGUUGCUUUACCUGAUGAUUAUGCUGAAAAGCUGAGGGCACAGAAAAAUGGCAUGGAAGAGUCAGAUAUGGAGAUUCCUGAAGUAAAAGAUUACAAACCUAGAAAGAAGCUUGGUGAAGAGGUCCUCGAACAAGAAGUCUAUGGUAUAGAUCCUUAUACUCAUAAUCUUCUGCUCGACUCCAUGCCUGGAGAAGAACCGGAAUGGCCACUCCUAGAGAAGCAUUUAUUCAUUGAAGAGGUGCUUUUGCGUGCUUUGAAUAAGCAAGUCAGGCAGUUCACUGGCACUGGCAACACCCCCAUGGUGCAUCCUUUGCGGCCUGUCCUUGAAGAAAUCCAGAAGAUUGCUGAGGAAGGUAGCGAUACACGCAUUUUGAAAAUGUGCCAAGGAAUUUUGAAGGCCAUGCAGAGUCGUCCUGACGACAAUUAUGUUGCUUAUAGAAAGGGUCUUGGAGUGGUUUGCAACAAAGAGGAAGGCUUCGGUGAGGAGGAUUUUGUUGUGGAGUUCUUGGGAGAGGUAUAUCCGGCUUGGAAAUGGUUCGAGAAGCAGGAUGGUAUUAGGUCUUUACAGAAAAACAGCAAAGAUCCAGCACCUGAGUUCUACAAUAUAUAUCUGGAAAGGCCAAAGGGUGACCGUGAUGGAUAUGAUUUGGUUGUGGUGGAUGCUAUGCACAAGGCAAACUAUGCAAGUCGAAUUUGUCACUCUUGUCGACCCAAUUGCCAAGCAAAAGUUACUGCUGUUGAUGGCCAGUACCAGAUUGGGAUUUAUACUGUACGGCCCAUUCAUUAUGGUGAAGAGAUCACCUUUGAUUAUAACUCUGUAACGGAGAGUAAGGAAGAGUACGAAGCAUCUGUUUGUUUAUGUGGCAGUCAAGUUUGCAGGGGCAGCUAUUUGAACCUGACUGGUGAAGGCGCUUUUCAAAAGGUGUUGAAGGAGUGCCAUGGGAUGCUGGAUCGGCAUCAACUAAUGCUAGAGGCUUGUGAAGUGAAUUCUGUGUCUGAAGAAGAUUACAUUGACUUGGGAAGGGCUGGGUUGGGCACUUGUUUGCUUGCUGGUUUGCCCGAUUGGCUCAUUGCGUACUCAGCCCGCCUGGUGCGGUUCAUUGAUUUUGAAAGAACAAAGCUUCCUGAUGAGAUUCUAAAGCAUAAUUUGGAGGAGAAGACCAAAUACUUUUCAGAAAUUUCCAUCGAGGUUGAGAAGAGUGACGCAGAGAUUCAGGCUGAGGGUGUCUACAAUCAAAGGCUCCAAAAUUUGGCUCUAACACUGGACAAGGUAAGGUAUGUAAUGAGAUGUGUAUUUGGGGACCCGAAAAAAGCGCCGCCGCCAUUAGAGAAGCUCAGUUCUGAAGAAUUAGUUUCUCUACUCUGGAAAGGGGAGGGCUCUCUGGUUGAGGAGUUGGUUCAGUGCAUGGCUCCUCAUAUGGAAGCAGACCUGCUCAGCGAAUUAAAGGCCAAGAUUCAGGCCCACGAUCCGUCUGGAUCUGAGGAUCUUCAAAGAGAGCUCCAGAAGUCUUUAUUAUGGUUGAGGGAUGAGAUUAGAGAUCUUCCGUGUACGACCAAGUGCCGGCAUGAUGCGGCUGCUGAUUUGAUUCACAUGUAUGCAUAUACGAAAUGCUUCUUCAAAGUCAGGAAUUACAAGUCUAUUACAUCUCCGCCUGUGUAUAUUAGCCCUCUUGACUUGGGUCCCAAGUACGCUGAUAAGCUGGGGUCAGGCUUCCAGGAGUAUUCCAAGACAUAUGGAGAAAAUUACUGUUUAGGGCAGUUGAUUUGUUGGCACAACCAGGCCAACGCGGAUCCAGAUUGCAACUUAUCAAGAGCAAGGAGGGGUUGCGUGUCACUGCCGGAUGUUUCUUCCUUCUAUGCCAAGUCUCAGAAGCUGUCCUGGAAGCGCGUCUAUGGGGCGAGAACUGUUAAAUUCAUGCUGGCCAGAAUGGAGAAACAGCCACAGAGACCGUGGGCCAAGGAUCGGAUAUGGACGUUCAAGAGCGCGCCACAGAUACUGGGCAGCCCGAUGCUGGAUGCGGUGAUGAAUAAAUCGGCAUUGGACAGGGAUAUGGUGCAUUGGCUGAAGAGCAGGCCGCCAGUUUUCCAAGCCAUGUGGGACCGGUGAUAUGCUGCUGCAGGGGAGAAAUUUGAAGCGUGCUUGUUUUGGUAUGAUUAUUUUCGCAUUUUAAGUCAACAGCUUCCCCUUUUGGUGUGGGGAGUUGGUAAUCAUAUCGAAACAAAUGUGGAGGCUCCCUCCCCUUCCAUUCGGGUGUACAGGUUUUUUUUUUCCCUCCCAUUUCCCCCCCCCUUUUGUAAUUUGUAUUCAUUAUAAUUAAGUAGAUAAUCAUUGGUUUUACGGUAGUUUCAAA